AUGUCUCUCUGGCUCGCUCUGCUGGCGGGGAGUUCCGGUGCCGAGCUGAGCGCUCAUUUCAGCCCUCCGGUGAACCGGAGCUGGAACUUGUGGACCUCGGGCCGCGAGAGGCAGCAGCUGGAGUGGCAGGAGCUCACGCUGCCGCCCGGAGACGACGGCAGCGUCACUGGGCUGACAGGGGGUUUACUGCGACUGGGGCCCAACAAGGAGCUGCCCACGCACUACCAUCCCGAGUCUUUUGGAGAGACCUACUACUUCACCAGAGGCAAUGGGCACGUGAAGCUUGGUGAGUACACUCGCCACGAGGUGAGGCAUGCCAUCUCGCCGGGGCUUCAUGUCAAUAUUCCUGCCCGCAUGCUGCAUGGCAUUGAGUCUGGCAGUGAAGGCUGCGAGUUCCUUUGGAUGUUUCCAGCCACUCGAUGGAAGGACAUCCCAUAUCUCUAUGUUGACCCCGCUGUGCCUCAGAGGAACGUGCCCGCAAGCUACGCGGCUCCUCUCCCUCUAGGAGUCAGCGACUGGAACGAGAUCCAUUUCCGAGAGCUGCAGCCUGUGAACCGGAGGCGGCACCGCUCGGUGCGCUGCGCUGUGCACCAGACUGUGGGCAAUUUGGCGGAGGAGGCGCGGCGAGGAGCAGAGGCGCUGCGGCCCUUCUGGGACGUGGCACCCAGCCGGAGGGGCUUGCUGGCACGCUGGAGCCAUGCGUUGGAUCUCUUCUUUCAGCAGAUCCAGGAGGCCUUCGAUCUGCGGUUCUACUGGACCUUGGCCUUGCAUAUGCUGCAGCAGAUGGAGGAGCGGUCCUUGGGACCAGAUCGUUUGAGCUACCGCGAAGCCAUGCGCACCUGCAACCGCGGCUUGUGCCCCAAGCAAAAGCACCGGAGCCUCCGGAGCCUCCGGAGCCUCCGGAGCCCUUGCUCGCGCUUCGAAGAGUACAAUGAGUUGAUUCUCGCCCUGAUCACCGGCAACCGCUGGCUGGAGGGCGAACCAAGCCCCAACAUGCAGAGCUACUGCUUGGUGCUCUACGCCUGCGCGGUGCCUCGACCCAGUGACCUGCGAGAUUCCGAGGAGGCGCGAAUUGGGCCGGAUUAUUGGGGAAGGGCAUUGAGCAUGGCAUUUGGGAAGCAUUGGGCACAGGUCCAGGCCGACAAUUGGUCGAAGGCUUUGGCCUACUGGACGGAUAUGCGCAAGGCAAAGCUCACUCCUGGCUUUGAUGCCUACGACAUGCUGCUUCUAGUGGCAGAGCGCAGCGAGCGAUGGGACUGGUCGCGGCAAUUGCUGGACACUCUCUUCAAGCUGGAUGCGCCUCGCACGGUCACGAUGUUCAACGCCGCCCUAAAUGCGGCAAGAAGAGGCAAGCGGUGGGAGCUGGCUCAGUCCCUGCUCAGGGAGAUGAGCCAGGAGUUGCUGUUGCCGACCAUCGUCAGCUACUCCUUCGCGGUGGCCGCCUGCGAGAAGGUCGCGUGGUUAAGCGAGAGGGAGCUUCCAGAGCUCGGCGAAUGGGCCGAGUCGCAACCAUUUACCGAAGUCAAGCUGCUGACCGGAUGGGCCAAGUCGCUUGUCACUUGA